AGCGGCUCUGUGGGAAGGGGAUAGCGGGCGCUCAUAGAUUGAGGAUCGGGUCGUGGAACAUAGGCACCCUGACGGGUAAGUCCAUUGAGUUGGCGAAGAUUCUUCAGAAAAUGAGGGUCAGCAUAGCUUGUGUGCAGGAGACUAGGUGGAAAGGGUCGAAGGCGAGGAAUGUAGACGGGUUUAAGCUGUGGUAUUCUGGGGUCGUGAGGGGUAAGAAUGGAUUGGGUAUCUUGGUUGAUAGGGAUCUUAGGGAGUCUGUGGUGGAGGUUAGGCGAGUGAACGAUAGGUUAAUGUCUAUUAAGUUGGUUAUUGGUGGUUGCGUCCUCAAUGUCAUCAGCGCUUAUGCGCCGCAAGCAGGCCUAGACGAGGAGGUUAAGAGGCGCUUUUGGGAGGGCUUGGACAAGUUGGUGAGUAGUAUUCCCCAAUCUGAGAAGUUAGUUAUUGGAGGGGAUUUUAAUGGUCAUAUUGGGGCUGAUGCUGGUGGUUAUGGUGAGGUGCAUGGUGGCUUUGGCCUUGGGGUUAGGAACGGAGGAGGCACUUCGCUGCUUGAUUUCGCUAGGGCUUUCGAGCUUUUGAUUGCGAACUCGUCAUUUCAGAAGAGGAAGGAGCAUUUGGUUACUUUCAAAAGUUCGGCGGCGAGGACUCAGAUUGAUUACCUCCUCCUCAGAAGGAGCGAUAGAGGGUUGUGCAAGGACUGUAAGGUUAUCCCGGGAGAGUACUCUUCAUAGACUUUCGACUCUUCAUAGACUCCUAGUGAUGGAUGUCGGUCUCUGGGUGAAGAGGAAGAGGAGGGGUGCUCGGGGCAGGCUGCGGAUUAGAUGGGGAGCUUUGACUAAGGAGAAAGCCCAGGAGUUGGAGAGGAGGUUAGCUGAUGGUGGAGCUUGGAGAAGUUCUGGGGAAGCGGACGCAAUGUGGUCAGUGACGGCGAACUUGGUUAGGGAGGCAGCGCGGGAUGUGCUCGGGGUAGCCAAGGGCUAUUCAGGCAGACAUCAAGGUGACUGGUGGUGGAACGAUGUAGUCCAAGGAAAAGUGGAGGCGAAGAAGGCGGUGUUUGCUAAGUUGGCGGGGAGCUCAAGCGAGGAAGAAAGGAGAGUCAACAGGGAGAGCUACAAGGUGGCGAGGAAGGAAGCGAAGCUGGGGGUCACGGAAGCAAAAAAUGCGGCGUUUGGUCGCAUGUACGAGGAAUUGGGGGAGAAAGGCGGGGACAGGAAGUUAUUCAGGUUGGCUAAAGUGAGGGAGAGGAAGGCGCGGGAUUUAGACCAAGUUAGGUGCAUCAAGGACGAGGAUGGUAGAGUUCUGAUGGGGGAGUCUCAAGUCAAGCAGAGGUGGCAGGCGUACUUUCGAGACCUGCUUAACGAGGAGGGGGAUCGAGACGUAGAGCUAGGGGAGUUGGGGAAUUCAGAGUGUCAUAGAGACCUACUGCAGGCGCAUUAGGGUGGAGGAGGUCGUGGGGGCUUUGCGUAGGAUGAGUAGGGGUCGAGCGACCGGGCCAGACGAAAUCCCGGUGGAGUUCUGGAAAUGCAUACGUAGGUCAGGAGUAGAGUGGCUGUCCAAGUUGUUCAAUGUGAUCUUCAGGACUAAGAGGAUGCCGGAGGAGUGGAGGUGGAGUAUAGUGGUGCCCGUGUAUAAGAACAAAGGGGAUAUCCAGUGUUGUAACAACUAUAGGGGUAUCAAAUUAUUAAGCCACACCAUGAAAGUCUGGGAGCGGGUGGUUGAGGCGAGGGUGAGGGAGAUGACGUCUAUAUCCGUGAACCAGUUUGGUUUCAUGCCGGGCCGUCCACUACAGAAGCUAUCCACCUUGUCAGGAGAUUGGUGGAACACUUCAGGGAUAAGAAGAAGGACCUGCACAUGGUGUUUAUCGACUUGGAGAAGGCGUACGACAAGGUCCCAAGGGAGGUGCUAUGGAGGUGUCUGGAGGCGAAGAGCGUGCCGGAAGCCUACAUCAGAGUGAUCAAGGACAUGUACGAUGGAGCUAAGACUAGGGUUAGGACGGUGGGUGGCGACUCAGACCAUUUCCCGGUGGUAAUGGGGCUUCAUCAAGGAUCUGCACUUAGCCCUCUCUUAUUUGCUUUGGUGAUGGAUGCUAUAACACGCCAUAUUCAAGGGG